AUGUCAUUCUCCGAGGAACAGUUUAUUGGAAAGCUAAACGGGCUGGAUGAAACGCAGGAGUCGAUUGUUGGUGCUUCGAAAUGGCUUCUGACACUGUAUAAGGAAGCACCGGUGGUGGCGCAAAGUUGGGCAAAAUACAUAUUGAUGACAAGCACUAACACACGGCGCAAGCUACUGGCGAUCUACCUGGUGAAUGAUGUUAUACAGCAGGCGAAGCACAAGCGUAUCUUUCAAUUUGGGAACGAAUUCGGACGUGUAUUGCCCAAUGUGUUGAAGCAGGUAUUCCCUGAAUUACCGCAAGAACUGCAGAAAAAGGUGCAACGAGUCGUAGCAAUCUGGAGACAGCGACAGAUCCUGUCGGAUAAUGUGCUGAAUAACAUUGAAAGGUACCUGCAGGGGACGGGUGCUGGCACUACGGUGGCGGUUGGGACGAUAAACUCACGCAUCGACGAGGCAUGUGGACUUUACCGUACACUCGAGAAGUAUGCACCCAACGUCAAGUCGACACAGCUGAAGUUCGAGAAGUCGCUAGAGGCUUUAGACCCCAACAGCAUGGUUUAUGUUGAGAAUUUCAAGACUGUAACGAAGAUCGCCACGGCUGCGAAAGAGACUGUGCACAAGUCAGUUGAACUGCGGCAGAAGCUCAUAGAGCAGCUGGAGGUACUUGUUGCGGAGCAGAAGACGCUACUCGCUAACGAGCUCCAUAUCGUAAGCGAGGUUGACGUGCAACUGGCGUCGAAGGACCCUUCGGCCGUCCAGGGCACAUCUGCCGGCGACGAUAAUGUACUACCCACAUACGAGCAAGAAUUAGAUAGCGAUAAUUCAUCCGACGAUAGCGAUGAUGAGUCCAACUUGAAGAAGCGCUCUCCCCAUGACGAUUCAGACUCGCAGAGCAAGCGCCCUAAGCUCUCGCGCGAUGAAGACAUGGGCGGUGGCUACGAACCAGCGGUUGUGGCCGGUACUGAUGCAUCGCGCACCCCAGAAGAUCAGAACUCCAUCACCUCCAGUAUUCAGGAUCUCCUAAGCAAACUUGCUAACUGA